GAUGGUCAAAAGGCUAAACUCUGAGCUGUGGCCAUCCAAGAGAAAGACAUAAAAUCACAAGAGGUCCUAGUCACAAGAACAUACGGUGAUCAGGAUGACAUGCAGUGUAUUCAGAAAAAAAAUUAUCUGGAUAAAGGACUUGCAUUCAUGUUAUUCUUUACAUAAGUUAGUGGGGUAUAAACGUAAAGCCUCUUUAUGCAAAGAUAUGCAUAACUCACUUUCUCACUCUGUACUAUUGCAUGAACCUGCUUUUUAUCAUCAAGCCUUGCACUGCUGCACCCAAUGAUCCCCUCAAUCAUCUCAUUUAUAUACUUCUCUGCUUCCUCACCUCUUUCUCUGAAACAACUAUCUUAACUGCCUUUCCCUCUCUUUCCCACAUGGCUCCCAAGUUUGUUUAUUUCCUAUUUGUGUCACUUAUAUCUAUAAUCUGCCCUUUGCAAGCCAUCAGUACAAAUCAGUCCCAAUUUUUCAAUCUAAUGAGAAAUUCUCUCUCAGGAAAUGCCUUGUUUGAUUGGGAGGUCACUGGAGGGAAAUCUUACUGCAAUUUCAAGGGAGUUGGCUGCAACAGUCAAGGGCAUGUUGAGAAACUUGACAUGACUGGUUGGUCAAUCUCCGGCCGUUUCCCAGCUGGUAUAUGCUCUUAUCUGCCUGAGUUGCGUAUUCUCCGUCUCAGCCACAACCAUCUCCAUGGUGAUUUCCUUCAUAGCAUCAUUAACUGCUCUUUCUUGGAGGAGCUGAAUAUGAGUUCUUUGUAUCUCGCUGGAGCACUUCCUGAUUUCUCAACAUUGAAAUCUCUUCGGGUGCUUGACAUGUCAUACAAUCUCUUCACAGGUGACUUUCCAAUGUCAGUGACUAAUCUUACUGACCUUCAGAUACUUAACUUCAAUGAAAACGUGGAACUCAACAUGUGGCAACUGCCGGAGAACGUUUCGAAGAUGACAAGGCUUAAAUCAAUGAUGUUGAUGACAUGCAUGUUAUAUGGUCCAAUCCCAAAAUCAAUAGGAAACAUGACAUCCCUUGUUGAUCUUGAAUUAAGUGGGAAUUACCUCACGGGACAAAUUCCUGCAGAGAUAGGAUCAUUGAAGAACUUGCAAAGCCUUGAGCUCUAUUAUAAUUAUCAUCUUUCUGGCAGCAUACCUGAUGAAUUUGGAAAUUUAACAGAGCUGGUAGACUUGGACAUUUCAGUCAAUAAGUUAACAGGAAAUAUUCCAGAAUCUAUAUGUCGGCUUCCCAAGCUCGAAGUCUUGCAGCUUUACAACAACAGCCUCACAGGAGAAAUCCCUAGUGCUAUUGCCAACUCAACGACUUUGCGCAUUUUAUCAAUUUACGACAACUCUUUUACAGGAGAAGUUCCACAAAACUUGGGGAAGCUGUCAGCUAUGGUUGUCCUAGACUUGUCAGAGAACCGCCUAUCGGGUCCGUUACCUGCACAAGUUUGCAACAGAGGUAAAUUGUUGUACUUUCUUGUGUUGGAUAACAUGUUUUCUGGAACACUACCCGAUAGUUAUGCAAAAUGCAACACCCUUCUACGGUUUCGAGUCAAUCAUAACCGUUUGGAGGGCCCAAUACCAAGAGGACUUCUAGGUCUUCCACAUGUUUCAAUCAUUGAUUUGAGUUGCAAUAAUUUUAGCGGUUCAAUUGCUGCAACUUUUGGAACUGCUAGAAACUUGUCAGAAUUGUUCUUGCAAAGCAACAAGAUUUCAGGACUUCUACCUCCUGAAAUUUCCGGGGCUAUCAAUCUGGUAAAGAUUGAUAUUAGCAAUAAUCUCUUGUCUGGCCCAGUACCAUUUCAAAUAGGCUAUCUGACGAAGCUAAAUUUGUUGAUGCUGCAAGGCAACAUGCUGAAUUCUUCAGUCCCCAAAUCACUUUCUAUGUUGAAAUCUCUCAAUGUUCUUGAUCUCUCCAACAACAUGUUGUCUGGAAAUAUUCCAGAGAGUCUCAGUGUUUUGUUACCAAAUUCUAUCAACUUUUCAAACAACCGUCUUUCUGGUCCAAUUCCUCUAUCUCUGAUAAAAGGUGGGCUGUUAGAUAGUUUUUGGGGCAACCCAGGUCUCUGUGUUCCAGUCUUUGUUUCAUCAGAUCAAAAUUUCCCCAUAUGCUCACAGACUUACAACCGAAAGAGACUGAACUGUAUCUGGGUGAUAGGAGUUUCAGUAAUUAUCAUUAUAGUUGGAGCUCUCUUGUUUCUAAAACGUAAACUAAGUAAAGAAAAGUUCAUAGAACAAGAUGAGACCAUGUCUUCAUCAUUCUUUUCAUACAAUAUGAAGAGCUUCCAUCGAAUAAGUUUUGACCCACAAGAGAUACUGGAAGGCAUGGUUGAUAAAAACAAAGUGGGCCAAGGAGGAUCUGGAACGGUGUACAGAAUCCAAUUAAGAAGUGGGGAAGUUAUUGCAGCAAAGAGGCUAUGGAGUAAGAGAACAAAAGAUUCAGCUUCAGAAGAUCGAUUGCGUAUGGACAAACAAUUGAAAACAGAGGUUGGGACCCUGGGAAAUGUAAGGCACAAGAACAUAGUCAAAUUGUACAGUUAUGUCUCGAGUUUGGAUUGCAACGUAUUGGUUUACGAGUACAUGCCCAAUGGAAACCUCUGGGAUGCCCUUCACAACAGUCAGAUCCAUCUAGAUUGGCCUACCCGUCAUCAAAUAGCACUUGGAGUAGCACAAGGCUUGGCUUAUCUUCAUCAUGAUCUGCUGCCACCUAUAAUUCACAGAGAUAUAAAGUCAACCAAUAUCCUUUUAGACGUUAACUACCAGCCUAAGGUUGCAGAUUUUGGCAUAGCCAAAGUUUUGCAGGCUAGGGGAGGAAAAGAUUCCACUACCAUUGUCAUUGCAGGAACCUACGGUUACUUGGCUCCAGAGUAUGCAUAUUCAUACAAAGCCACCACCAAGUGUGAUGUCUACAGCUUUGGGGUAGUGCUGAUGGAAUUAAUAACAGGGAAGAAGCCACUGGAGGCAGACUUUGGAGAGAACAAGAAUAUCAUAUAUUGGAUUUCAUCAAAAGCAGACACCAAGGAAGGAGCUAUAGAAGUAUUGGACAAACGAUUGUCAGGGUGUUUCAGGGAUGAGAUGAUCCGGGUUCUGCGGAUUGCCAACUGCUGUACCUGUAACAACCCAGCCCUCCGCCCAACUAUGAAUGAGGUGGUCCAGAUGCUGAUUGAGGCAGACCCAUGCAGAUUCGAUUCUUGCAAGUCGUCCAAUAAGACCAAAGAGACGUCAACUGUCACUAAAAUAAACAGCACUAUUGAAUUAUGAUUGAGAUAGGAGUAUGGUAGGGUUAUAGGUGAAGUAUCAUAGCAUCUAUACAAUAGUAUAUAUUGUCCCUAAGGUUCUGAAACUUAUCAUGAAGAGCAACUUACUCUUUUAUAUUUUUUUUACUAACUAAAGUAGCUUGUAGAUUCUUAUCUC